UUAUUUUACGGAGCCCAAUUUUUUCUUCAGCUCUUCUCUCCUCUCUGAGAAACUCAAACAUGGCCGAAUCAACGAAGAACCAGAGCACUGACGGAAAAGAAGAAGAAGAUGAUUACAUGGGGGACCUCACUCAGUUUCUUCCUUCUGAACCCUUUAUUCCUACCAAGUUUUCUCUUAGAAAGAAUCCGAGUAGUGAGCAGGUGGCUACUCAGUCUUCCAAAAAAAAGUCCAAGACCUUGAAUUGGCAGGAACAGCGUGAAAUCAAUAGAGAGAAAAAGCAACAAGAAGAGGAUGAAUUAACCUUGGCAAAAAUAGAGGUGCCAAUUCCACAAUCUAACAUUGGGUUCAAGUUGUUGAAGCAAAUGGGUUACACGCCUGGCUCAUCACUUGGAAAGGAGGGCGCAGGGAGGAUAGAGCCAGUUGGCCUUGAGAUUCGAAGGUCACGAGCUGGGAUAGGGCGUGAAGACCUGCAUAAGGAGAAGAGGAAAAGAGAGGAGAUUGAGAUGGAGAGGAACAGGAGGAAAGAGGAGGCUUUAAUGACAGAGUUUGGGUCUAGGCAAAAGUCACAAUGGAAGAGUCGUAGGGUUACUGUGAAUUUCCAUAAGGCAAAGGCAACUCUUGAUCAACUGGAGAACAAAGAAGUAAUGCCGGGGAAGGACGACAAUGAAGAGGUUGAACAAGAAGAAGAGGAAGAGGAAGAAAUAACAGAAGAGGAUUUGCAAGAUAUAUUGUUGAAACUGAGAGAGGAAUAUCAUUACUGUCUCUUCUGUGGAGUUCAGUAUGAAUCAAUGGAAACUCUUUCAGCUAACUGCCCUGGAACUGAUGAGGAUGACCACUAGAUGACAUUUACGCAGACACCCCAGAACCCGUUUGUUCAGCAGAUUUCAAAACUCGGUGAAGUCUGAAUGCAUAAAUGUCAAGCUCGCCUCUGGUGAUAUUGUUGCAGUCCUUCCAUUCUUGCCUAUACAAGUAUCCACGCAUUGAAUUGCUGCUUUUUAGAGUCAGCAUGAGCUCAAAUCAAAUAGAUUUAAAUCCGGAUUUCAUUCUAGAUUGGAGUUUGCCAGUAAAACAGUAUUUGCUGGAUAACAGUGUGUAAACUUCUCCAUGAUUAUGAGCUUCAUUAGAUGUACUAACGUAUUGACAAUUAGCUUGGUAAACAUUAAACUUUUAUUA